UGUCAGCGGGGAGGGGGCGGGGCCGUGAUCAUGGAGGCAGCUAGGCCACGCCCGUCUGUAACCGAGCAACCUCUGGCGGUGAAGUGUUCACUCACAGUACAUCAUUUGUUACUACGAUCUGUAGCCGCCAUGUGAGGUGUUCUAAAUCUGCUGUAAUGGAAAACUACAUUCUUUAUGAAGAAGUUGGGAAGGGAAGCAAGUCUAUUGUGUACAAAGGGAGAAGAAAGGGUACGAUCAACUUUGUGGCAAUUCUUUGUAUAGACAAAGGCAAGAGAGCAGAGAUUACAAACUGGGUCCGUUUAACACACCAUAUUAAGCACAAGAAUGUGGUGGCAUUUCAGGAGUGGUAUGAGACUAGUAACCAUCUGUGGCUUGUUGUGGAGCUUUGCACAGGAGGUUCACUUGAAUCUGUCAUUGGCCAGGAUGAGCACUUGCCUGAAGACACCAUUCGAGAAUUUGCUGUGGAUAUUAUUUACGGACUCCACUAUAUCCAUGAACUUGGAAUACUGUUCUGUGAUCUGACCCCUCGAAAGAUUCUCCUGGAUGGACCAGGCACCUUAAAACUAACCAACUUCAGCUUUUCAAAGGCUGAAGGUGAAAACUUAGAAGAAUUUUUUGCAAUGGUUGGAUCAGAGGAAAAUUCGGGCGAUUCUGGGGAAUCUACACCUCGGCGAAAACUGAGGAACCACAUUAAAGGUUCUCCAGUUUAUGCUGCACCCGAAAUAAUCAAGGGAGCAGAUUUCUCUAUAUCAAGUGAUUUUUGGUCUUUUGGAUGUAUCUUAUAUGAAAUGUUCACUGGGCGGCCUCCAUUUUUCUCUGAAAGCUUCUCUGAACUAAUUGAGAAAAUUGUAAAUGAAGAUUUUAGUCUACCAAGAGGUCCAUCAUCUGCUAAGCCAUCUCCAGAGUUUCAAUCAUUACUCCUUGGAUUACUUCAGAAGGACCCUCUUAAAAGAUUUACCUGGACUGAAUUGCUGAGCCAUUCUUUCUGGAAAGAUGCAUUUUCUGGCGAUGGCAGAGAUAUCCCAGACAUCAGUACCCUGAGGAUAAAUACAGAAGCUGAUGAGAGUGACAUCAAGGACAGAUCUGAAACUCCAGGAAAUUUCCACAAGUCAUUUAAGAUUGAAAAUGCGGCAGAUUUAAGGCCCAAAAGUGCUCUAGAUGGAGAAGCAAAUGAGGCAAUUUUCUCAUUAAGUUCCUAUACCACUCCGAGAGCAAGCACUGCUACAACUAAAGCGAGCAAACUACUAAAGCAAAGAAAUACAGUACAGCUGUCUGUGCUAGCACCGUCAGAUGUUCCAAAGGUCAUGGUGGAGAGUAUGUGCACAGACCAGGAGGAUCUGGAAAAGAAGAUAAAGAGCCUUAUAUUCACAGACUCUGAUCUUGUUGUGUCACCUAUUAUAGAUAACCCAAAGAUUAUAAAGCCAACUCCAAUAAGAUUUGAUGGGAAAACAUUGGGCAUUCCUGCACAUUCAGGAGAAAAACUUGCUUCCCUGAAAGAGCCAGAAUGGUCCAACUUUCUUACACAACUGUGCUCCUUGCUGGAUUCUGCUGAGAAAGCAGCACCAAGGGCAAAGCUUAAUCUACUCUGCUACUUGUGCACUGUGUCAGGACAUAAGGAAAUGGCCACCAGACUUAUCAACUCCCAGAUGUUCCCAUCCCUUAUACAGCAGUUACGUGGAGCACCAAACUGGGAUAUACGUGCUAAGGUGGUGAGGGUCAUUGGCUUAUUGGCUGCACACACAUCAGAGCUUAACGAAAAUGUUCCUGUCAUAGAGGCCAUCACCUUGCUGACUGAACUGAUCAGAGACAAUUUUCGGAACAGCAAGUUAAAGCAAUGCCUCUUACCCUCUCUUGGAGAACUUAUUUAUACCAUUGCUGUUCAAGAAGAAAAAAAAGAUCACCCCAGAGAGAUCUGGACCAUUCCCUUGGCUGCAUACACUCUGCUAAUUAGGUGCCUUCGGGAAGGGGAAGAACCUAUAAUUCAUCAUAUGACUGCUAAAAUUAUUGAAAACGUCUGCACAACAGUGACAUUACAUGUCCAAGGGUUCAUCAGUGCAGAGAUUGGACCUGCACUUUGGUACCUAUUCACACAUUCAACAGUUGAUUCUCUCAGGAUAACUGCUAUAUCGGCUUUAUGCAGGAUCACUCAUCAUGCUCCCUCAGCCUUCCAGAGUGUCAUUGAGAAAGUGGGACUUGUAUCGGUGAUAAGCACAUUAGUGACAGGAAUAGCCAAAGUGCAGCAGUACAUGCUGACCAUGUUUGCUACAAUGUUGUCAGCUGGCAUUCAUCUCCAAAGACUCACACAAGAAAAGGACUUUGUUACAAGGAUAGUCCGUCUCCUGGAAAGCCCUUCAACAGCAAUAAGAGCUAAAGCUUUUCUAGUAAUUUUGCAAGUUUUAAUUAACAACAAAGAGAUGUUACUUCUAUGCUGCCAAAGCAGACUUGUGAUGUACAUUGAAAGAGACAGCCGAAAAACUACACCAGGAAAAGAGCAGCAAAGCGUCAACGAAUACCUGUCAGUAUGUCUGGACCUCCUCAUCCAUCACAUUGUACACGAGCUGCCAGGAAUUCUGGGUGGCAUUCUCAAUUCUUUAUCAAAUGUUACUGGACGUAAACAUCCAUCCACUGUGCAGGCCAAACAGCUGAAAAUGUGCCUUCCUAAUAUGGCAGUAAUACUUCAUCUUGUAACAUCCCAGGUAUUUCGUCCCCAGGUUAUCACUGAUGAAUUUAUCUACAACUAUGGCACAUUACUAAACCAAAUCAAAUCUGUUGACGCUGGUGAGACUAAUUUGGAAGGAGCAGUGGGUCAGGCUGCAUCAGAUGAACUGAUCAGGACAGCUCUAUCAGCAUUUGAAGCUGUGACACAGCAUCCCGUCUUGUUGACACUUCACCACUCCCCAGUUGUGGAUGCUAUCCUCCCACCUUUAGUCUCCCUGGUCUCCAGCCAGAAUGUGGAAUGGAGGCUGUUCAGCUUGCGGCUACUUGCAGAAACCACAUCAUUGCUUGUAAACCAUGAGGCUGUAUCUGGGGGGAGAAAUGAGGGCCUCCAAUCGAACACAACAUUUCUGUCUUUGGUCAGAAAGUCAUUACUUCCACAGUAUGAAAGAAUAAUUCUGGAACCUGAUCCUGUGCCUGUGUAUGCUUUAAAGUUGUUGGUGGCUGUCACUGAAUACAGUCCAGUUUUUAUCAGGGACAUUGAAGACAGCAACCUUGUUCCGGUUCUUUUCCAAGUGAUUCUGACACAUCAAGAUAAUGUUCUUGGAAAUGUGAUCCAAAAUGUGAUAUCUUUAUUAUAUAACUUGGUUGCUCAGAAAGAUACAAACAUGAAGCUUCUCUAUGAGCAGGGCUUGGUGCACCAUGUUUCAAACUUGAUUGUGGAAACAGCAGCUUUGUAUCUGGACGAUGACAAAAGUCGAUUAAAAGCUGCCAAUGCCCAGCUACUUUCUCUUCUUGAGGUUCUGCAUUGUAUUCUAAAAUACACAUCUGGUGUAGUACGAGUGGUCAUUCAGGCUCAGAAGUCUGGGCAAAGUGGAGCCACACACACAGCUGAGGAUCUUCUCAUUAUGAAUAAACCUCUGACAGAUUUAGUCAGUUUACUGGUACAGCUGUUGCCAUCAGAAGAUCCAGAAAUCUAUGAGAACUCAUCACAAUGCCUGUCACUUAUGGUUCAGCUCUAUGGUGGAGAUAACCAAGAUAGUAUGACACUAGACAAUAUGGAAAGUUUUGCUCAAGUUCUGGUAUCGAAGAGAGAACCCAAGCAGCAAAAACUACUGCUGAGAGUGAUUAAGCGACUGGUAAAAAGAAUAAGUGGUGAUUCCAUAUAUGUGCCAAGGGUUGGAAUAGCAACAAAAAGUUCUCCCCACUCAGCAAAUUUUAUAUUGACUAGUAGCAUUAAUCCACAUGAAGAUAACAUCAAACGAGAAGCAUUUAGACAGUAUGAAGAAGGAUGGGGAUCUUCUUAUCCACGCUCUUGAGAGACUCACUCAGGAUUCCAGCUUGAAUAAGGAUAUUGCUGUUACUUCUCUGGCAUCAGAAAUCCUCAGCACAGUAGGACACCAGUAGACACAGGGAGAAUAUUGGCUUUAUGUUCUUCGAAAGACUGGAGAUUGAAACAGACAUCAUUAUUGUUCAGUAAUGUAUCCACAUUCUUAUAGGUGUAAAUGAUUAUUUUCUUAUUAGAAAACUAUUGCCUUAAUGUUACUGAAUUAUUUUAUGUAAAUAUACAUCUUGUAAAAGUUUUUGGAUUUGUAGUCUUCUGACAAUUCCUGUCCAGCAGAAAAGCUCUGUUAUUUGUGGUAGACACAGAUGUGUUUUGUCUAUUUUCUUAUGAAUUGCCUUUUUUCAUGUUUGUAUGCAUUUCAAUAAACAGAAUAUGGGAUUUAUUAGGAUGUCUGCCUUAUGUUGCACUUUUUAUGUUGCAUAAUGCUUUAAAUAUUGAUUCUUAUAUACCGCAUACAUUUAUGACAUGUUUUAUUCAAAUUAACACAUCAUUAUCAAUGACAAAAUGACAGUAUGUGGAAGGAUAAGAUGAGGAAUGAUGGGGUACUAACUUGAGCAGAAAACUGUGAUGUAAUUAGAACAAAAUAAUGUGGUCUAAUAAAUAUCGAUGUGAUCUUGGUGAUCUUUGUUAGUCAGUAAUACCAUGCUUGGAAAACCAAGCCCUUUUUCCUUAGCACUAACAAAAAUGGUCUACAUCUUGGAAAAAGUCCCAAUAAAGUUUCCUAAAAUCUCUACAGAAAAAGCUGUCGAUUACUCUGGAGAAUGCUGGACAUUACCAUGAGUACCAUGAGUUCUUGCAAGGCAUCUGGUAUUGUACAUUUGCCUAAGCAACCUAAUCACCUGCAUCUCCAGCUGUCACUUUAAACUUUUGCCGAGACACAUGGUCCGUAACAUAAUUGGAGAUACCCUUUAAUAAUGACAGCUCUAGUUUACUGCAGGAGGGCUUGCUGCGAUAGCAAUACAAUACAAACACAAAGCUCUGUAUGUAUCUCUCCUAUCACAUGUGGGGGUGGGGGUUAAGAGGAUUUACCCCAUUACUUCAUGGAUGCUGUAGUAAUCUACAAGUUUUGGUUACCAUAAGGCACAGAUACCUUACUGCAUUGUCAAUACAGGAAGAAAGUGUUUAUUGCCAAUAUGGCUGCCACCAGGAAAACUUUAAAGGG